UCCAUGCUCCCUCCCGCCAUACUCGCCUCCACCUUCUCAAACAAUCAUCAUAACAACAUAACAACACAGCAAUAGACUCAAGUCAAGAAAAAUCUCUUCUCUUCUCUUCUCUUCUCUUUGCAUUCCCUAAACCAUUAUCAAUUCUCAUUUAAUUUCAAUAAUAAUAAUUAAAAUAAAAAAUGUAUAGAUUCUGUUUUAGAACUCGACCCCUUCUUCGCUUCCAUCUUCAUCGCAACAUUUCUUCUUCAAGAAAACCUAUCAUCAAUCCAACAAAUACAACUUUAGAAAAUUCCCAAAUUGCCCCUCAGCCAAAUACCGAUCACCGCCACACGCUCUCUCCCGUCCAUUCCAAAUCUCUCUCUCGCAUCUUCGUAGUUGCUCUCUCCGCCGUCUCCAUCUCCGCCGUCGUCGCCUCCGCCGCGCUCCUCUCCGAUUCCGAUCGCGGCGGAGGAACGAAUCCACUGUACGAGGGCGCGGAGCGCGCCGCGCGCAAGGCGGCGGACUCCUGCGACCGGAUCUUCCAACACGCGAAGCGCACCGGCGUCGCCGCCGCGGUACUCUGGAAGUCGCUGCGGUCGGUGCUGUCCUCGGCGAAUCACGAGGUCCGCUCCGGCUUCGAGAUUCGCGUCGCGGCGCUGCUCGCGGACAUCUCCGCCGCGAACUCCGGCCGCAGAGCCGCGAUCGUCGGGGCAGGCGGCGGCGCCGUCGUGGACUGGCUGCUGGAUUCGGUGGCGGUUGCGAAGGACGGCGGCGCCACGCAGGCGGAGUCCGCGAGGGCGCUGGCUUAUCUGAUUGCGGACCCUAACGUGUCUGCGGCGGUUCUUGGGAGACCUCACGCGGUUCCGAGUCUUCUGAGGUUCAUCUUCUCGUGCCAGCCUCGGCGUUCUAAGAAUAACAAGAAGCAUUCAAGACAUAGUGCAUUUGAUAUUUCUGAUUCUUUGAAAGGCAGGAGCAUGCUUGUUGCUGCCAUUAUGGAUAUCGUUACAUCCAGUUGUGACAAUGCUGAAGAGGUAUCUUUUAAGCCAUCAUUGCCUGGAAAUGCUGAAAUCAGAGACAUUGCUGCAGCCCUAGAAGUUAUUGAGGACGGGGGUUUGCACUUGGAUGAGCCACCUGAAGGUGAAGAUGAUGGUGGUGGGUUGGGAAGGAAAGGGAUUGGAAUCAAGAUACUUGAAGGUACCCCUGUUUUAGGGCUUUCAAGGACCAAUAGUGAUGCUUGUCACGAAGAACUGAAGCAUCAAACUCCUAAAACUCUCAUAUAUCCAAAUAAGUAUGACAAUUCACCGGAACAAAAGAAUGUGUCUUCUGCUGUUGUUCCUGGUCUCUGGGAUGAUUUGCACUGUGAACAUGUUGCUGUUCCUUUUGCCACCUGGGCAUUGGCAAAUUGGGCAACAGCAUCACAGUUGAAUAGAUCUCGUAUUCAGGAACUGGAUCGAGAUGGAAAUGCUAUCAUGUCUGCUUUAAUGGCACAGGAGAGGUCUGUUAAAUGGCAUGCAAGUUUGGUGGUGUGGUUGCUAUUAGAAGAUCGCAAUACACCUUUGAAUGAAUCUGUUUCUGAUUGGGCUUCCAGUCUUCUUUCUACUAUAUCUCAAGCAUGCAAGCAUGAAGACGUUUCUUUGGCUCAGGUAGCUUCAUCUGCCUUUCUCUUAUCUGUUGAGAGGAGCCCUGGAGUGCAGAAGGUAGUGAUGGAGAAGGGUGUUAAUCCAAUGAGAGACAUCGCCAAACAGAUGACAAAGCAUAAGCAGGUUCAAGAACCAAUGGCAAAGGCAUUGGAGCUAGUUUGUACUGGGGAGCUGCGUUUGUCUCUUGAAGAGAGUCAAAAAUGGUCAGGCAUUCUUCUUCCUUGGGUUUUUGGAAAAUUUUCCUCUGAUACUAUACGAUCUUCAGCCAUAAAGAUUCUUUCUCAGAUCUUGGAAGACUAUGGACCAACAUGUGUACCACUUUCUCAAGGAUGGUUAGCCAUGAUGCUGUCUGAAGUACAAAGUUCUAUAAAGAAAUCAAAUGAUAAAGGAACCAACCAACCUAAGAGUGAUAAUGUAAAGACGUUAAUCAAUAAUGCAAAUAUUGCUUCUGCUGCACAAGUUGCCAAUCAACUAUCUAGUGCCGUUGUUAAUCUGGCAGCUAAACAGUUGGGAAAUGCAUCUAAUUCUGGGGAUGCAUCCCCACUGGCAGAUUUUCUGUCUCUGGAACCUUUAGCAGGACCAUUUAGAAGUUUAAAAAAAGAUAAUCUUCCUAAAUUAGAUGCUGCAGAUUCUGCCUUGGCAACCCUGAAAGGAAUUAAAGCUUUGACUGAAGUUUGUGCUGAAGAUUCUGUGUGUCAGGACAUGAUAGUUGAUUUUGGGAUUUUAUGUUUGCUGAGGCGCUUUUUAUUGAGUGAUGAUUAUGAGAAACUGGCUGCUAUUGAGGCUUAUGAUGCAUCAUCUAGAGCACAUGAGGGGAAGGAGCGGAUAUCAAAUGUAGAUGGGGAACCGGCUAUAUCAGAUGUAAAUGAUCCAGCUAGUGUCCGAGUUCCUCCUACAGCUCAUAUCCGCAAGCAUGCAGCUCGGUUAUUGACCAUCCUCUCACUGCUUCCCAGAGUCAAGAAGGUUAUCACAGUUGAUGAAACUUGGUGCAAAUGGCUUGAUGAUUGUGCUAAUGGGCGGAUUCCAGGUUGCAGUGACCUUAAAAUGCAAAGCUAUGCCAGGGCAGCACUUUUAAAUAUGUUUUGCAAUGACCAGCCUAAUGGAAAAUCUGAAAGUGGAAGAGGAGGCCCUUCUGAUGGUGGUGUAAAAAAUUAUAGGAACUCGUGUCCUCGUUAUGAUGACAUGAUAUUCUUGAUAAAUUCUCAUCUUCCCCACUGGAAAUGUCCCAAAGAAACAGAUCAACAAGAAGCUUUCUCAAAGGAGAUAUCUCUGUUUACUUCUACUGAAAUGGGGGAUGUAAUAGAAUCCGUGAAUGGCAGCAACUGUUCUAUUUCUAAUGAUUCAACUAAAAACAACCCAGAUGCAGAUUGCCCUCCACUAGACAUAGUUUUUGUCCAUGGUCUACGUGGUGGGCCUUACAAAACUUGGCGUAUAGCUGAGGAGAAAUCCUCAACUUCAUCACCUUUGGUGGAGAAGAUUGAUGAGGAAGCAGGAAAGCUUGGAACCUUUUGGCCUGGUGAAUGGCUUUCCAGUGAUUUUCCUGAGGCUCGGAUGUUUACCCUAAAAUACAAGACUAAUCUCACACAAUGGUCUGGAGCUAGCUUGCCUCUUCAGGAAGUUAGUUCUAUGCUAUUGGAGAAGCUUGUUGCUGCAGGAAUUGGGAAUCGACCUGUUGUUUUUGUUACUCACAGUAUGGGUGGCCUGGUUGUGAAGCAGAUUCUUCAUAAAGCAAAGGAAGAAAGAUUUGAUAAUCUCAUGAAAAAUACAAUAGGAAUUGUUUUUUAUAGCUGCCCGCAUUUUGGUAGCAAACUUGCAGAUAUGCCUUGGCGAAUGGGCUUUGUGCUUCGUCCUGCUCCAACAAUAGGAGAGCUAAGAAGUGGAUCUUCAAGACUGAUAGAGCUUAAUGACUAUAUUCGUCACCUUCAUAAGAAAGGGUUGCUUGAUGUCCUCAGCUUUUGUGAGACCAAGGUAACUCCAAUAGUUGAAGGUUAUGGUGGAUGGGCCUUUCGAACUGAAAUUGUACCAAUUGAGUCAGCAUAUCCUGGAUUUGGGGAAUUAGUUGUAUUGGAGUCAACGGAUCACAUAAAUUCUUGCAAACCAGUGAGCCGUUUAGACCCUUCUUACACGGAGACAUUAAAGUUCUUGCAGAAAUUAAAAGCAUGCCAUGCCUGAACUCGUUUGUUUCAGCGGAAGAUAUGUAAAUACCUCUAGAAGAGCUAGAUAGGUGUUUGGAUUGGCAGUUAUAUGUCAAAGGCAUGGGAAGUCCAUAGAUCAUGUGAGUUCGACUUGAUACAGCAACUAAAACCUUGUCUUAUUAGGUGAAAUCAACUACAUGGAUAGAAGUUUUAAAUUUUUAAUGAAGCUUCAAGGUGAACUAACAUGUGAAAGCCUUCUAUUAGAGUUCAGCUUGCCUAAGCUGUACAUUUUUCCAUUCAUUCAAUCAUUCAUUUGGGUCAGGUGGCCCUCAGGGAUUGUAAUCAGUGUCCCUUGUACAUAAAUAGGAAACACAAAUAUAAGCCAUGUAUAUAUAUUCUUCACUAAAUUAUACACAGAUUGUUCUCUCA